CCUGAACCAUUGCCAUUGCCCUAUAUAUACCCACUGUUUCUCUCGAUUUCCUCACACCCUUCAGAUAUACAGAGUUUCUUCUCCAACUAACAUCCCAUGGAUGCACCACACUGGGCCUUGUCUUCUGAUGGCAGUGGGUGGAUGAUAUAUCAUCCUCAGCCGUGGAUGACCCAACCGGUUGAAACCAAACCACUGGAUCCUACUGCUAAGGAGUGGUCUCCUCAUACCGACGGUGCUCCUGAGGAAGAUCGGUGCCUGUUCAUGACCUUCUCCAAUGGACACCCUGUAACCGAGCAAGAAAUCUCCAGAUUCUUUACCCUUCAUUAUGGGGAUUGCGUGGAGAGGGUGUACGUGCAUUGGCCGCAGCACAAGGAUUCUGAAGGGAACAAUAUAACAACACCGCAGUUUGGAAAGGUUGUAUUCAAGACAAGUUGGAUUCCAUUAGUGAUGACACUGUGUGGAAAGAGGCAAAUCAAGUUCAUGCUGGAUGGGAAGACGCUUUGGUGCAAGAUGUUUGACCCCCAAAAGGCUCAAGCUUUUAAGAGGAAUGGGGCUUCUUGAUUUCUUUAAUUGUGUUUUUCGUACUUUGGUUAUCAUCUGUUUUACAAUGGCAUUGUUGCAUACCAUUUAAGAUUUUCCAUAAAUUUUGAAGACAAAAAACCAUAUGAAUCCUCUUCUUUAGAGGCAGACAUUUUUAUUUUGUUAUUAUAUAUGUGGUUUGUUUU